AGUAGCAGCCAGCACCGCACAGCACAGCACUUGAUAAAAACCAAAAAGAGGCUACUCCCCAAGGGCGUUACUCCUCAUAGCCUUGGUCUGCAUGCUCACGCGAUUCGCGUCCAAAAUUAAUCAAGGUGCUGUAUCUACUUCUGUUCCUCAUCCACAUCGUUCUCUCCUCUCCUCCCUGUUUCCUGGGGCCUGGACUCUUCAGUGUGCGUGAGAGAGGCGGCCAUGACCGGAGCGGAGGAGCAGGGCAGGAGGCUGUUCGGCGUGUCGCUGACAGACAGGCCCAGGUGGCAGCAGUUCUUGAUCUGCUCGUCGGGGUUCUUCUUCGGCUACCUCGUCAAUGGCAUCUGCGAGGAAUACGUGUACAACCGGCUUCAAUUCAGCUUCGGUUGGUACUUCACAUUCGUGCAGGGCUUCGUGUACUUGGGUCUGAUUCGUCUGCAGGGAUUCACGGUGAAGCAGAUGGUGAACCCGUGGAGGACGUAUGUGCGGCUCUCGGCUGUGCUCAUGGGAUCCCAUGGCCUCACCAAGGGCUCCCUUGCAUUCCUCAACUACCCUGCCCAAAUUAUGUUCAAAUCCACCAAGGUUUUGCCGGUGAUGAUAAUGGGAGCAUUUAUACCUGGAUUAAGAAGAAAAUAUCCGUUCCACGAAUAUGUAUCAGCGUUGAUGCUUGUUAUCGGCCUCAUACUUUUCACGCUUGCGGACGCACAAUCAUCACCUAAUUUCAGCAUGAUUGGUGUGGCCAUGGUUUCUGGAGCACUUGUCAUGGAUGCAUUUCUAGGUAAUCUACAAGAAGCCAUAUUUAAGAUGAAUCCUGACACCACACAGAUGGAGAUGCUGUUCUGCUCAGCUGUUGUUGGUCUACCUUUCUUAGUGGUGCCAAUGGUGUUAACAGGGGAGCUGACGAGGGCCUGGAGUGCAUGUUCCCAGCACAUGUACGUGUACGCCGUGCUAGUGUUCGAGGCGAUGGCCACGUUCGUCGGGCAGGUGUCGGUGCUCUCCCUCAUCGCGCUCUUCGGCGCCGCGACGACGGCUAUGGUGACGACAGCGAGGAAGGCGGUGACCCUGCUGCUGUCCUACCUGAUAUUCACCAAGCCAUUGACGGAGCAGCACGUCACGGGGCUGCUGCUGAUCUCCAUGGGCAUCGUGAUGAAGCUACUGCCGGAGAACAAGGAGAACGGCCCGCGCAGACAGGUGAGGAUGGUGCAGCAUUGUGACGACAAGCAGCGGGAGAUCAGAGAAGUAGAAGAGGAGAAAGCUCCCCUGGUAUGACAAUUUUGUACCCAAGCAAAAGGCUGAACAAAUGCCAAGGCCCAAGUGCAGGACAGGAUUGAAAAAACACACACACAUGAAAAAAUAGCAACACCCUUCUCCCUCUUUUCUCAUGUAUUCUUUGCUGUCUUGAGAUUGUUUUGUGGGUGUAUGUCAGAAAAGGAUUCCAGAUUUCUAAGCUUGACGAUAAAUACAGAAGGAUUGCUAUUUGUUGGAAGGUAGGGUGUACCGUGUACGUGUACAUUGACUACGUUAGUAGCGAUAAGUUUGCACGUAUCAUGAAAGUCUAGGUCUGUACCAUGUUUCGAAAAGAAAAAAAGCAG